UAAGCCCCUCCCACCACGCACAGCUGACGCUGGCAGAGCUCCCACCGUGAGCUACAAGACGAAGCUGCUUUUAUUUAAUCCAAACGCGUUAAAUUGACUCUUAUCCGAUGUAAUAAGGUGUUUGCAUUCGAUAUUUUAGUCAUUUAUAAGGCGGCUUGGAAGUUCCAAGACAUGUGCGUCGGUGAUAUCCGCUCCUAGCGGCUGCUGGUGGCGAUGCUACUGCUUGUGAUCGUCAGCUAGCCCAGGCUUAGCUGGCUCGGAGUGACGGGGACAGAGAACCGUGGGCGAAGGCAGCUGGUAACAUCAGUCAGCUGACACCAGCACACAAAAGGAAUAUAUAUAUAAAGGCUGUGAGAUCUGCCUGUGGGUGUUUGAAAACCGUAGCAGAAAAACAAAACCCCACAAUGAGCUCCGAAGAGACAGCAGCGCCCAGCAAAGCCGCUCCGGAUGAUGAUGGCAUGACCUGGUGGUACAGAUGGCUCUGCAAAAUCGCUGGGGUUUUGGGAGGAAUAUCCUGCGCUGUCUCGGGAGUGUGGAACUGCGUCACUGUGAACCCUUUAAACAUCGCUGCUGGAGUAUGGAUGGUGUUGAAUGCCUUUGUGCUGUUCCUUUGUGAGGUCCCAUUCUGCUGCCAGUUCAUAGAGUUUGCAAAUGCGAUUGCAGCCCGCGCAGACAAAUUCAAGCCCUGGCAGAAAGCCCUCUUCUACUGUGGGAUGGCUCUGUUUCCCGUGUUCCUGAGCUUCUCCAUUACAACACUGUUUGGAAACGCCAUCGCCUUUGCCACAGGAGUUCUUUAUGGACUUGCGUCUUUAGGCAAAAAGGGAGACGCUGUGACUUAUGCCAGACUACAGCACCAGAAGCAGGGAGACGAAGAGCGGACGGCAGGGACAGUAAAUGGAGCUCCGGAGUGAGGCAUCUGAUUCUCCUCCUCCCCUCAUCUUGUUUUGCAGUUUUUACACUUGGACCUCCAGGUUCAACCUACCUUUUGUCAAAACUACAUAGUUGUUUAUUUAACUGCUUAGUUUGGUGUAUUUUUUUUUUGUUCUGAUCCAAUACUGUCAACAAAUUUAUUUAUUUAUUUACCUCCAAUCUAAAAGAUGGAAUUUAUCACCAUGGCUCAACGCUUUUGACGUUAUGCUUUAAAUUCUUCCUUUAGAUUUUAGUUUUUUUCUGCUUUUUUUUUUGUUUUUGUUUUUUUUUAGCAAACAUUUACUUUACAAAAACUUAGUUUUUUCCCCAAAGCCUUCCAGUAAAUUACACGUGAAAUGAUUGUGAUAAAAACAUAAUUGAGCUCAGCUUAUUCAGGCAAUGUAGAGACAUGCAGUUGGGCAUUUUUAUUAGCAAUGCAGUGCGGGGCAGAAGCUCACCAGCAAAAGAUUUGACAUUUUUAUUAUUCACUAAUGACAAUAUGACCGUUAAAGAGUGGUAAGAACUGAGUUUAUGUUCUUCAGGGGGAAAAAGAAAAACCCAUUUACAGUGGUAGUUAUCCCACCAGUUGUAACAAACAAAUUUGACUGUAUAAUAUAUAUUUUUACAUGAAACCUCCACCUGACUUGGAGCGAAAAGCCAAGCUAGCCAGGAUCGUGGUGCGGAGGUUAAAAUGUUCUGGUCUUGCGUGAAAAGGCUACACAUAACUACAGAGAUGUGUGGCUGCAUUUUAGGGAAAAUGAAAUUCUGUUGUUUGGAACUACUGAGUGUUACUGGGGAUAUAAUAUUAAUAAUAAUAAAGUCUGAAGGAUAAUGACAAAAUUGUACACAUGCAGAAAUGCUUCUGUUUAUAAAGUUUGAGUGUAUCAAAAAGAAACCACAGGUCUGCCCGCUACAUGGAAGUUUAAAUGUUUGAUGCUUUCUGUAACUAAAAGACAAUUUUAAAAUAAAAGAGGAGUAGAGCAGUGCAAUUUCAUAAAUUAGAAUGAUGUUUGAUUUAGUUUAUUCCUUGUUUUUGUUGUUGUGCCGGUUUUUAUUUAAAACUGAUAUUUGUAAAUUGUCCAAUCAAACCAGAUGCAGUGAAGGAAACGAUGUUUAAAAAGCCCAAAAGUGAAUAAAAUUUUUACCGCACCACGAUAGUCUCCUACAAAAAAAAAAUGUCAAAAUGGGGGGAAAAAACAUGAAAACAUACUGUCAGGCAGGUGGGUUUCUUUGCUAAAUUUGGAUAAAAUAUACAGUGAGAACAAUAAUUAGAACGUUUAAAAAAAAAAACGGUGUUGUGUUAGACGAGGAACCAAGUUUAUUUUCCCACCAAUUUGUUGAUUCAAAGUGUUUGAGAACUUCAGGACAGUUUCCGAUGUGAGGUUAUGCUUCUUCAAUAAUUAAAAUAUAUCUUAAAGCUUUCAGUGCAUUUUUAUUAGGGGUGAAAGUAAAUAUGGAGACCUCUGUUCAUAAAACCUAAAGUGUUUCCUUAACCUUUUCACUGUCUUCUGUCACAGCUUUUGUAUUUAGUUUCGUCUUUUGUUUUAAUUUGUUGUUUGAUCAAAUGAGAAAUCUUGUAUUCCCUUCACUUUUUGAACAGUUUUGACUUUAUGGGCUUUGAUCCAUUUUUGUUAAAAGUUUCAGACUCUUGAUCUCCUUAGGUUUUUAACCCUAUUCAUACCUGCUCAUAGUAGGAAGAUGUAUUAAGGUAUAAUAACAUGGCACACAAAGACGUCUGAACUGUGGCUUAUGGGCAUUUAUGAACAAAGGCAAAAGGGAUUGAAUGUAUCUGGUUUAUCCAAAGAUUUCCACACCUGAGGUUUAUUAUUUUUGUGUUAGACUUUUGUGUCCUUUUCUUUUUUGUAUCCCCAGAUAAGCUGAUUUAGUGUAGCUCAGCCUGUGUUCCCUAUCGGGUGCUGGGAUGUGUGCUCAUUUGUAAAACAUUUUGUAACGGUUUUUUUAUUUCUUUGUUUCUUUAAAAGAAUUAGGUCAUUAUUAACAGUUUAAUAGAGGGAAGUGUCUUUCUUCAGGGACUGUUUUGGUGUGUAUUCCACUCAUUAGGCAGAGUGAUGGUUUACCUUAGUCAUGAUAUUGAAGCGAGACGGAGAUUGUACGAUUGAACUGUUUUUAUUGCCUUGCCCCAGAAAAACGAAUGCUGCUUGCAUGUGUCUCUUGCGGCCUUUGCUGUCUAAAAGUCUCUAUUCUGUCCGUUUCUGAUCAAGUUUUAUUUAAUGUACCUCCAGGGACAGCUCUCAGGUAUCAUUCAGAGCCAGCUGCACGACUUUGAAACUACCAUGUCACUUUAGCCAGUUGAAACACUUUAGCAAUCUCCGGUGUUGGUGAAUGUUUAAGGAACAUCACUGAUUAUUCUCCUUGUCCACACGCAUUUGAUUUAUUGUCUUUAUUUAGUUCAAGCAAUUCGCCCGUUUGUUUCACCUGUUGCCGGCGGGUGUUUAAUGCCGUUUUAGCUGUAAGAGGUACGUGUAUAGUCAUUGUGUGUUGUGAUGUGAAGUCUGAUAAUGAAUUUGGUGAAAUAAACUUGCUACUACCAGU